UCACCAGGAAGCAGGCAGAGCAGGGAAGGCUGAGUCCACACUGCAAGUCCAGAGAGCAGGGAACUACCUUGAGUAUUCUACUCAAACUUAUGUCUCAGAGUUCCCCAAUUUCCCAAGAAGGGAGAGAUAGAGGCCACAAUCCAGGGGGGCAUCUCUCAAGGUACCAAUAAUUUUGCAGCCCAGUAGGAGUCAGGUACAUGGUGUAAGACUUGGAGGAAAUGCAGGGACCCUUCUGUUUUCUCCUGCAAAGUUGAAAAAGCUGCAUGCAGUUGGAAGGGAUCUUCAGAUGGUGCUGGUGACUUUCUGUUCCUUUUGGAGUUGACAUGCAUGUGGAUUGGAGGAAAAAUAAUCAACAUAUAUUCUCCUUUCGUACUGUUUAAAUCACAGGAAGAAGCGGCUUUAAGACAAAAAUUGAAUAAGAAGUGAAUUUCUUCUUUCAAGAGGCCAGGCGCGGUGGCUCACGCCUGUAAUCCCAGCACUUCGGGAGGCCGAGGCGGGCGGAUCAUGAGGUCAGGAGAUUGAGACCAUCCUGGCCAACACGAUUCAUUUUGUAAUACACUAAAAGCCUCACAAAAUGGCAGUAGACUGCAGUUCCUAACCCCUGAGGGGCCAUGUUUCAUGAUGCUAUUAUACACAUCUAAAACUAAAAUAAAUAUUAAUGAAAAUGACGUUUUCCAUAUUAAGUGAAGAGAGUUAAAGAUGAAUUCUAGCUAUUUUAUCCAUAGCUAUAAUGGAAUAGCUGCUGCUAUUAUUUAUGCUCUAUACAUGUUACUUUGGCCCUAAAGCCUGAAGGAACCCAUUGUUGUUUUCUACCACUGAUGAUUUUAUCUGCACUUCUGCAUCUGGGCAAUUGUUCACAAUAGUCACAAAGACCUAGCACUUGGUCUGAGGAUCCUACCUGCUGAGGAGUUUUAUUUGGCCAGCUUGGUAAAGGACAUUGAAAUGAAGAUAUCUAAAGCUAGCAGAAAACAGAGAUUUUGGAGUCAUCAGCACAUUUGGGAUGGUGGAAGCCACAGCCAAGGAGGGGAUGUGGUACACGAAGACCUCAGGGAUCAAACCAAAAUGACAACUGCUCACUUUUACUGUCAAUACUGCACAGCAUCACUUCUUGGGAAGAAAUAUGUACUAAAGGAUGACAGUCCGUACUGUGUUACAUGUUAUGAUCGUGUAUUUUCUAACUAUUGCAAGGAAUGCAAAAAACCAAUUGAAUCUGAUUCUAAGGAUCUUUGUUACAAAGACCGGCACUGGCAUGAAGGAUGCUUCAAGUGCACCAAAUGCAAUCACUCUUUGGUGGAAAAGCCUUUUGCUGCCAAGGAUGAGCGCCUGCUGUGCACAGAGUGCUAUUCUAACGAGUGCUCCUCCAAGUGCUUCCACUGCAAGAGGACCAUCAUGCCUGGUUCCCGCAAAAUGGAAUUUAAGGGAAACUACUGGCAUGAAACCUGUUUUGUGUGUGAGAAUUGCCGACAACCUAUAGGGACAAAGCCUUUGAUCUCCAAAGAGAGUGGCAAUUAUUGUGUGCCGUGUUUUGAGAAGGAGUUUGCUCACUACUGCAACUUUUGUAAGAAGGUGAUAACUUCAGGUGGGAUAACAUUUUGUGACCAGCUAUGGCAUAAAGAGUGUUUUCUGUGUAGUGGCUGUAGGAAAGAUCUCUGUGAAGAACAGUUCAUGUCCAGAGACGACUAUCCAUUCUGCGUGGACUGCUACAACCAUCUUUAUGCCAACAAGUGUGUAGCCUGUUCCAAACCCAUUAGUGGUCUCACAGGUGCCAAGUUUAUCUGCUUUCAAGACAGCCAGUGGCAUAGCGAAUGCUUUAACUGUGGGAAGUGCUCUGUCUCCUUGGUGGGUAAAGGCUUCCUGACCCAGAACAAGGAAAUCUUCUGCCAAAAAUGUGGCUCCGGAAUGGACACUGACAUCUAGGAGACAGUCCUUUCCCACCUAAAAUCCACUUUGCCUUCGUUGUCACUAAAGCCAGAACUCA